ACCUCUCCAAAACAGUUUCAUCAAAAAAUGAACAUAAGAAAUUUAUAAGGUAGUUUUUAAUGCAUGACUGGUGGAUCAGACUACAGUAGUUUUGGAUGUAUUUGUUUAUGCACAUUAUAUCUGUGUAUAUGUGAAAAAGGAUACAUUUUCACGACCUUCUUUAUUUAUUUAUAUUUUUUUCAUUUCUUUUUAUGUGGCACCAUAUUCAAAUAGUUUUUCUCGAAACUGUAUGAAAUUAAUGGGGAGUCACUAUUUUUAUCAAGUGGAAUUACCCCAUGAAUAAAACAAAAUACAUAACAUUGUAAAUCGAUACCAACAACACCAGCAACAACCGACUACAACCAGGGGCGGCGCUGCCACAACGGAUAUACUGACCGGAAAUACCGCAAACGGGCGGGAAGUUGAAAAUUUGAGAAUUUCAGAUUUAUAAAAAAAAUGCAUUUUUCAAGUUAAUUUAGGCUUAUAAAGGAGAGAUUCGUUUUAGGAUUAUAAUUUGCCAGGUUAAAUUCGAUCAACGACACAAGCAAACUUCGCUAGCUGUCAGGGGCAGUAGCUACUAGCUUGUUGUUAUUGUCUGUCAGAAUGGCGGACAGAAAUCUUGUGCAGGAGUUGAAGCGUUGGGCGACAGAGGAGUUCAAUCUGCCCCCGGACAGCCUGCCAAAUGACAGCUAUUUUAAAACGCUCUGUGUUGGGACGGGGAAGUCAAUAUGGAAAUAUGUCAUCCAACACGUUUUCCAACAGAGGAACGCGAAGAUCAUGCGUGGCAAUCUUCAGUGGUACAAAGUUCUUCAAGACAAAGAGGUGAAGCAGGCUGAGGACCAGAGUGAGGCUGCUAAGCAGAGAGAGCUACAGAGGAAGAUAGAGCAGCUGAGAGCUGAGAUCAGUCACCUGGACUCUCAGAUCAGUGGAACAGAGGAACAGUUGGCCACACAAGAGCAGUCUAUCAGUCGUACCUGGAGCCAGGUGGAGGAAAGCCAGCGCAGAGAGCUGCUUCUCCAGGCCUUCAGGCAGCGCUGCGUCUUGGGCUCCAAGAUGUUAUCUGACGAUACACAAAAGAUCAGGGGGCACUGCCAGGCACUGGAACAGAUGGCCAGGAAAGCAGAGGUAGAAGUUCUGUUCGAUGAUAAGUCUUCAAGCAGCAAUGAUGGUGACAACCUCAACUCCAAAACCACAACAGAGGCGCAGGUCCUGCGUGAAGUGAGAGAGCUGUGUGAAGCCAGGGUCCACUUCUAUCAGUCUUUACAAGAGAGUGAACUGAAAACGGCGCAAUCUGCAGCCAAACGUAUGACUCGUGAGCAGAGGACUGCCAUGUUUCACUACUGGUUGAGUGCUGUGGAGAACCUGUUGGGUGAUUAUCCUCCAAACCAUGUCCUCUCAGCAUUACAAUAUUUAGCUUCCAGAGAACAGAAGGAACUAGAGAACAAACUGGCUUCUGUGGAUGUGACCCACGACGUGACAGCUCUGCGGUUCCGCUAUGAAAGCAAUCACCUGCUGGACAUGUCAGCAGAAGAGGAUAAUGAGUUGCCACCGGUUAAGACCCUCUUACAGGCUGCCUGGGAAGAGGUGGAGCAGAGUUUGGUGGAACUGGCUCAGACUCGCUCCAGAGUCCAGCAGCUCAAAAACCAGCUGCUGGCCCGCAAGAAGGAGGCUCAGCAGGAGGUGUCUGGUAUUGCAGAUGAACUCCAUAACGACACCUUGGCACAGUCAGCCCUAGAGCUGGAACUCCAGUGUGUGAUGCAGGCAGCAGCCAGAGAUCACAUCAGAGACCGGUGUAUACAGCUGGACCAACAUGCCAGAAGCCGACAGGAGGCACUGAGAAACCUCCGCAGCCAGUGGCAGAACAUCCUGGACUUCAGGCAGCUAGUGGUUCUCAGGCAGGAGCAUAUCAGAGGUCUGAUUAAGGGGAACUCCACGGCCAAGACAGAGCUGAUCCAUCUACACAGACAGUUACAGGAAUUCAUCCAGGGUAAGUUGCUGCCACAGUUUGAAGAUGUCACCACUGCAGCAAACGGACUAAGGAACUCUAUUUCUAAGGAGGCCAGACAGUUUGGAGUGGUUUCGCUUCUCACUCUGGACCGCAGGACUGUUGAAGGAACUCAAAGGAUCCCUGCAUUGUGGUUGUCCAUCCAUCGCUUGCAGUCCUCAACCUUCAGCAGAAUGUGUCAGAGCCUGGCUUUCCCACUGUACAAGGCUCCAGAGGAGUUGUGUUUCCAGGCGCGUUCCCAGCAGCUUGAGUUACGUUUUCUCCGUCAGUUACUUCAACUUCAGUCUGCUGCUCUGCAGAAAAUACAGAAGGAAGCCAAAAUGCUGCAUGCAUCUGAUCAAAAAGCCUUGCUUUCCAGAGUCGUGGAGGAGGAUCGGAAGCUUCUAAAGUCUCUCGUCCCAAGAGUCAGAGGCCUCACUAAAUGUUGUGCUCAGGGCCUUUCUUAUGGGGACCAAGUCAAAACUGCCAUCUCUUACUGGUGGGAUCAACCAGUCCAGCAUGUCCUCCCUGAUGUCAAUAGAGGAGGACUGACUUUUCAGCAGUGGCUACAAAGAUGGAAACUAGCUGCCAACGCCUGUUAAGGGACACCUCAUAGUUUAAAAAUAUAAAGGAGAUCCCGCUCAGCACCUUUCAGUGGCAAAAUGUCCAUGAUAUAGUUAAGGAUGGAUUACCAACCCAGCAAAGUGGGCAACUGCCUGGGGGCCCCAGACCAUGAGGCCACUGUUUCAUCCAUUUUUACUGGUUUGGCAGUUUGAUUAGUUACAAAUGUGUUAUUUGCAUCACUAUUCCUUUAGUUCAUUAUUAGCUAAUUGUCAGGUCCUGUCUUGUGGUGGUGCCCUGGGAUAAAAAUUUGUUGUAACACAUUAAUUAUUUUAGUUUAUAUUGUCCUCAAGAGGACCACAUUCCCAAAUAAAGAUGUGUUUAAUCUAAUUAUCACAAACUGAGACUGUAAGUAUUUCAGCAUGGGAGAUUUGGUUGCACAGAUCUUAAUGGAGACAGCAAGGCACAUGCUCAGAGGGUGGUAGGUGGGGGUCAAUGGGGGCCCACAGCAAAGUUUUGCCUUGAGCCACCAUAACAGGCUAAUCUGGACAUAGCUGCAGUAAUUAACAAAUGCACAAAUACGCUGCAGUGUAAAGCAGAGCUGCAAUGAUUAGUUACUUGUUAAAUGUUUUGAUGAUUAAUUGUUUUAGUCAUUUUUCAAGCACAAAUACCAAACAUUUGUUGGUUCCAGCUUCUCAAGUAUGAACAUUUGCUGCUUUUCUUGGGCUUACACUCAAAUAAAUAGUGUAUUUUUUAGGACUUAGACUGUUGGUUGGACAAAACAAGAUAUUAGAUGAUGUCUCCAGCUGCUUUAGGACAUUUAUUACUUGUUUUUUGGUUUUAUUAUUUUCAAUUCAUUGAAAAUGAAAAUCAUUAAUUGCAGCACUACUGUGAAGCAGUAGUGGUUGUAACUAAACAACACUUUAUCUAAGAUGUUUAUUCUCAUCAUUACUCCUCUUGAUAUUUUACCAUAUGAAUGUCGUUUACUAAUAAAUAAUUUUAAAUCCAAGUA